AUGUCAGAAGAGGGACAGGAGGUGGAGGUUGUGCAGCUGACCGUCAAGUUGCCAGACCCAAUCGGGCAAAUUGUAUUUCAGGUCAAUCCCGCUGACACUGUACAAGACGUCAGCCAGACUUUGAGGCUGAUUACCCCUACCCAGCACCACACUUCUUUCGUCUUAACGACCCUUGGAGGUGAAAAACUGGCUGAGGACACUCUUAUUGGGGAUAUCACGGAGGAUUCGAAGGCUACAGUGAUUUUGAAAGAAAUGCCUUACACCGAGAAGUCGGCAAGAGAACAUCUCCAGAAAGUGAGAGAAAUCGCCUCUUUGCAGCUCCCGCUAUUUUAUGGAACGUUGAACGAUAUCAGCGGUCUUUCGGCUGGAGCUUCUACCUACAAGACUUUGGAGCUUGAUCCGGUUUCUGUAAAGUCGGGGGCAUCCGAGACUGAAGAAAAGGAGCAGCCUGAGCUUUCUGAGUCAGCCAAAAACGGUAUCUUCGAUGCUGUUGAGUCCGUGCUCUCCGUCAAGCCGUCCACCACUCCUGCCGAGACUCCUUUGAAAUUAGCCCCUGCUUUGCGCUCGUUGCACGUCUCGGCAUGGACGCCGCCUUCGCCGCAACGCGUGCUGAAAGGCGACUUGCUCUAUCUCCAAUGUCAGACUCUCGAGGGUGAGAGUUUCCAGAUCACUGCUCACGUGACCGGCUUUUUUGUGAACAGCUCGUCUGCUGCCAAGUUCGACAGCUCCCCCAGAAAGGUGACCUCUGCGAACGGGAAACACCAAAGACCAUCACGCGCUCACUCUCUGCUUACUUUGUUGAAAGGUCUGUCUCCUAAAUUUGUGGAGCAGCUCGAUGUCAACGCCAAGAUCCUCUCUGAGCAAAUACAGGAUGUCUACUCGCUGCCUACCAAUGCCCUACUGAGCAAUCCGUGGCUUGUGAAGAACUAUUCUCUGCAACACCCAGACUUAGGAAGAAUUGAGGAGAAUUACAUUGCUGGUGGCUCUGAUGCUGCUGAUCUGUUCAAGGACUGGAAUGAAGAAUACCAAGGAAGCAAGGAGCUUCCGCGCUCGAGUCUCCCGGAGAUAUUUGCUAGAGAGCGACUGUUGAACAAGACCGGCUUUGAUUUUACCGUUCAGGCCAUCAAGGGUGCUAUUUCCGUGGUUCAUGGUGACGUCGCUCCGAUGAACCCUAACGACGAGCCAUCUCAGCAUGUGUAUCUGCGCAACGGAAUCUUCUAUUCUCUUGGCGUGGACGCUGCAGGAGAUUUUGAGCGCUCGGGCGGAGACGAAGCCGCCAGGGUGGCUGCCGUGAAGGACUUGGACGGUGUCAGAUGCCUGAACCGACUGGACAGCAGCGAAAUCUCUCACCUGUGCACCACGAUUGUUGACUACUGCGGCCAUAGAGUGAUCUGUCAGACCCCUGUUCCUGGCAUUUUUGAUGAGCCGCUGUCGGAGGAGGAGCCCGUUUCGAAAGUCAUUUAUGGCAGUUCCGAGGCACACACCCAGCUGAAUGCCGACGAGAAGCUCAGCGAGAAAUUCAAGAAAAUAGCUGAAGUGUUCCAUCUCAAGCCACACAAAGCAUGGAAUCUCGAUGGCUCGCAGAUCAAGGAAGUUGUGACGUCCAUGGACACCAAGGGCAUGAAGGGAACUGACGGUCGUGAUUAUAUCAUUGAUUUGUACAGAACCACCCCUGUCGACAUCGAGUUCAUUGACAAGCAUUACACUGGUAAGGAAGAUUCCUAUCCUCACAGGGAGACGGUUCUCCGACACGAGGCUGUGGAGGAGUGGUGGAGAAGACAAGUCUCCCUGGCUGUGAAGCAGGAGACUGAGAGACUGGGCGAAGAGGCCAAGGAAGGCGAGGAAAAAGCCACCAUUGCCGUGGACACUUCUGCGUUUGUUCUGAAUCCGGACGCUUUCUGCCUGACGGAAGCACCUACUCCAGAACUUGCUGCAGAACUGAAGAAAGACGAGGAGAGAGUCAGAGAGGUGUCCAAGUUUGUCUCUGAGAUCCUGCUCCCAGAACUGGUUAAGGACUUGGAGACGUCGGAGGCGUACGUCCCAAUCGAUGGCGGCCAUCUGAGCUCCAUAUUGCAUCGCCAGGGAAUCAACCUGAGAUAUUUGGGAGCGCUGGCGCAGUACAUUGAGGAAAGAAAGGCCUUUCACAAGAAGGCGGAGGAAGAGAGACUAGAAAAAGCUAAACAGGAAGAGCCGAAGGAGACCAGCGACGAGGACGAUUUGAAGAACAACGAGCAGUCCAAGCUCGAUGCCACGCCGGUCCUGAACGUCCUGGAUGCCCUUCUAUCGGUGACCCUGCAGGAGAUGAUUGCCAGAGGAGUGAAGCACUUGCUGAGAAGGUCCUGUAUUUCUGUGCCCGUUGCUCUGGUUCCGUACGUUAUUGCCCAUAUUUUCAAUAGCGUUCUUGGCGUGGUCGGCUACUUAGAAGUUGAGCCGCUUUUGGCCGAGAUGUACGGCUCUCCAGACAUCUUGAAGCUGUCGAGAGACCAAAUUCGCGAGCAGAUUGCGAAGGAAGUCUAUGCCAGAUACCGCUACGCUCUUCCAGAAAAGUGGCCUGUGCACUCUCUGUACCUGUUCAAGGAGAUCUCGCGCAAGUUUGGCAUCCAGUGGAGGGACAGAACCUACGGUUUCACCGGGGCAGCUCCAACGUUCACCGCUGACGACGUUCUGGCCGUUGUGCCGGUCGUCAAAGACUCUAUCUACUACUCCAGGUCUGUGGAUGACAUUUGGGAAGCUGGCCGUGUGAAAGUCUCUAAGGGCGAGCCUGAGGGUAUUCAGCUGCUGAACCAGGCCAUUGAAGUUUACGAGCAAGUUUAUGGGGCAAUCCACCCUGAAACAGCCAAGGGAUACGGACAGCUAGGGCAAAUCUGCGUGGACCUCAAGAUGGGCGAACAGGCGUCUGAGCUUGCUCGCAAGUCGUUCCGCAUCCUGGAAAGAACCAGGGGAAUAGACUCUUACGACUCGGUCCUAGCGCUGAGCAGAUUGGCUUUAGUCGAGUCGGCCAACGGCGAGCAUCUAAAUGCGAUCAAGCUGCAUUCUAGAGUCCUGCAGCACUGGCUGACGUACCACGGAGAAUCCCACAUCAACGUGGUGUCGGAGUUGUCGACCAUUGCUAUUAUCCUGCAGAAGGUGCAACUGCAUGUUCAGGCUGCCAAAGUGUUCCAAAAGGCGGUUGAAUUGAGCGAUAGGUAUGUUGGAGACCAAAGCCAAAUGUCCGGUCUUCUGCGGUUCCAGUGGGGCCAAUCCUUGGUCACUUUGAAACAGUUUGUUCCUGCAAGCGAGCAGCUUGAGCUCGCAGCAAACAUCUUCAAGAUCAACCUUGGUCCCAACGACCGGAGCAGCGUCGAGGCGUCUAAGUGGACCUCUCAACUGAAGGAGUACAUAUCUGUGAUGCAGAAACAAGGAAAGCAGCUGAAGGCAAUGGAGGCCCAGAUGGCCAAGAAAGCCAAAAAGGCAUCGCCGCUGCCUUCGAAGAAGAACAAGUCAGUCUCGCCAAACCCAGAGCUUGCUGACAAGUCGGUGGACGAAAUCAUGAAGUUCAUCGAGGGCGAGCCUAAGAAGCCAAAGAAAAAAUCCAAGAAAUAG